AUUGACAUGCUCAUUUCAAUUCUGAAUCUUGUGGAGUUAACACAUAAAAAUAAUCUACUCGUGUCAUCUUCAGUCUACAUCAAGUUUACUGACAGAUCGGACACAAUGAGAAUCGUAGAGAACAAGGAACUACCUAUCUUUGCAGCAGGUAUCAGAAGUGAUGACGGUACUCUUUCUAAACGGAAUGAAUCUGGGGAGCAUACUCUUGUGAAACCUACGGGCGUGAAUCCGGCAGUGGUGCCUGAAAUUUCUUUAAGCUUGUUUGCCAGUCCCGAAGCGCAGAAGGCCCUCAGGUUCGUCAACGGCGAAGAUAUUGAAGAACAAAAUAAUAAUGACGGUUACAGCAGCAAAAGCGAAGUCGAUGAUGGGAGAGACGCUGAAAAUUUAGAAGAGGGUGAGGAGGGAAUAAAGAGCAGGUACAGAUGGACGGUGGUUGCACGAACUGUUGCUGCUUGCCCUCCAGCACGCGCAAGAAUGGGAAGAAGAGCGAGUCUAGCUCCAGAUCAUAGAUGUUUGACUCCUGCACCACCAAAGUUUGACCGACCACGAAGAACGUCUCUGUCUCCAAACCGCUAUCCACUGCUUCCAAGUAGGUCCAUCUCCCCUGUUCCUUUAGCAAACAGUGAAAAGACGUCUUCAAAUUCCAAUUUAGAAGUGACGAACACAUCAUCACCACAGGAACUCAAAACUAAUUCACAGACCUCAUCAUCUGGGCCUGAAAUUGAUGUUACAGGUGGAAACCCUGCGAUCGCUCGUGCCCUAUCUCGACGUCGCUUCUCUUUGCCAAUAACACCUAGUUCUCAACUUACCGUUCCUCAUCCCCCAUCGCCAUCUCCACAGAGGAGCUCUCCAGUUAAGUCUACUGAUUCAUCUUCACCAAGUAAAGUAAACAAGAGAACAUCAGUGACCAGCACUCUACAAGCCAAUCGACACAAGCUCGAAGUUUUGAUGAGGGAGAGAUCGAAAGCCAUCGCCAACUUGAAGAUCGGUGGAAGCAGAGAGAGUAUCUCGUCGCCAUCAUCAGUGAAGUCGAUGCAAAACAGUCCGAGGAUGUCGCCUGCACCUAUCAGAGCCAAUCAUAGUCUAGCUCGACCAUCGUUAUCCAGGAGAUCAUCGAUUACCUCUGAAACUGAAUCAGAUGCUUCGCAACCAGACACGUUCGAGACAAUAAGUUUGUUAGACGGUGGUGAUGCAGCCCGCUUGGAUGCAAUGGUGGUAGGAGAUGUUAUCGACGUGGGAUCGUCGCCACCUCCUGACGUCAUGUCAAGGAAGAGUGAUUCUACUUCUUCUCCGAGACAUCUGGCAGCAUCUCCUCUUUGUCUGGUUGGUGGACGUCCUGUCUUUAAGCGGCGCGGCUCAUGCUCAUUGGAUUCGGGUAUUUCACUCUCUGAUACAGCCUCCGCCACAUCCGAGCAGGAGUCAACGUCAUCGACCACCAACCAAACUGACGAUGAGUUACCUGCAAUGUCAAGAUUGCGGAUUCGGAGGGGCACUAUUUGCAUGGGGUCGUUGAGUGCGCUGGUAGCCCUGGCACCGGGACAAGGCAAUAUGCGGUCCUCCCCAAUCUUGAACCAGCGUUCAAAUGGUGACAUCCAAGAGGAAGUAGAAGAAGAACUCCAGGAAAGAAUCAUGCAAAGGAAGAGUCAGCUUUUGAUACAAGCAGCACCAGGAAGCAAUAAUAUUACAUCAGCUGUGUCGAGACUUGAAGCCCGGGCAAACUCAAAGACAACUAACGGCAGAUUGAAGAAAAUCAUGGGCAAUCUUACGAUGGAAAGAACAACAUCCGAACUGCUAACCAUGAAGGCAGCGAUGAAUGCCGCAGCAACAAGAAGGGACUUUGGUGGUAUUCAAAAAUCCAAAUCAUUGGACUGUAACUGAACUCAUUGAAGAAUAAAAUCAUAUGCAUUUUAUAUUUAAACAUUGAUAACUAGAUCAACGUGGCAUAUAUUAAUCUACAUGUUCAUUUCUUAUACAUUUAAUUAUUCUUAUUUAUAUUCGACGAUGAGUUGCACUUUUUGUCAGCAAUUUGAUCAAACUCAUAUAUAUUUAAAAAAACUACACGAACAGACUUGUGACCAUUUAAUGGUUCUUAUAAAAUUGUUUAAUUAUUUUUAAUCACAAACUUGUCAUUAGAAGCUUUCGAUUAUAGAUAUUGAUUUUAUUGAUGAGUUAGCGUGUGUUAGACGGAGGCCUCUAGAGUAAGGUUAUGAAUAUUGUCCGCAGUAACAUGAAGUUAUACUAGAAGAGAUCAUUAUAUUGUUUCCAAAUAUGUAAAAUAGACUCAAUCGUUACCUUGACGUGCAUAGUACAUUAUUCACCUCCUGUUGAUGACUUAUGAUACACAAGAAAAUCAUCUAAAAUAAGCACAGUGUAUUACAAAAAUGAGUAUGAUGAUAACGACCUUUUUAAUCCAAUAAAAAACAUCCCUCACCUA